CUGGGACUUUCCCAAGUCUCUCAGCCAGACCUUUUCAGAAUAAUAUAGUUGUGCCAUUCAGGUGCGGCGGCCACGACCGACCUGCUCCGACUUCUUCUGUCGACGAGUUCUCUUUAGGAGUCCGGGGGUUGUUUCCAAUCCACGGACUCCAAGCUCGUGACAGAGCGCGGGGCCCCCAGGUGCCCAGGCAGCCCAGUCAAGCUUCGCGCGCUCACAGAGACGCGCAGGUUACAGACUCUCUGCUUACAGAGCCGCUGCCGCUCUGCUUACAGAGCCGCUGUGGACAACGGUGCCUGCAGGCGCCCAGAAGCCAAAGCUGCGCGGAACUGAAAAGUCAGCUCCUGGUUCUCUUCCUCUUCCUUGCCAAGAUCCCUUUCGCCUCGGACUCUUCUUUCCCUUGGGAGCGCCUGAGCCGUCGAGGCAAAAAUGGGCGCCGGCGAAGCAAACCGCGGACCCUUUAAGUCAAGAGAGGCUGAGUGGGAGGAGAGUUUGUGGCGCGGCGAGUUUGAGGGAGCGCAUAAGUAGCCUGUGGAGAGCGAGGACGCGGCCAACCGGAGCUCUUGGCUCUUUUCGCUGGACCUUCAGGAGAUCCGCUCCUUCCAGUGCUGACCGGGAAACGGCUCACAGUCAGUCUAGAAGAGAACACCCGCCGCCUGAAGCCCUCGCUGCUCCAGUCGCUCUCCGCGGCUCCUCCUUCCGCCUUCCUCCCACAUGGGGCGCGGGGAGCUUUCUUUCGGCCGCCGGGGCUGCUCCUAGGGAGUGCUAAGGGCUCCUCGCAAAGUGACACCCGCAGCGGCUGCGGCAGAAGGAGGCGGGGAGGCGGCAAGAAGAGAAGCGGGGGGCUUUUGCUCUGCUAGGUGCUUCCCCGUCUUUCCCUCCGUUCCCGGUUUCCGCUCGGCGGUCUCCGAUGCGUUCCUGGCCCCGGCAGGCGACGGUGGCAACCCUGCGGGAGGAGCCAAGGGUGGCGCUACUUUGAUGUUCCUGGCCGAGAAGCGUCAGAAGAGCUGAUCCUUCGUGCCCAGGAUGAUCGAGGAGGACGCUGCUCUGAGGAACGGCGGCAGCGGGCUCUCGGGCCAGUGGGCAGACGCGGCGGCCGCUCGACCCCGCACCACCGAGCGACAUAUAACGGUGCAUAAGCGCCUGGUGAUGGGCUUCGCCAUCUCCAUCCUGGCCCUGCUGGUGGUCACCAUGAUCGCUGUGCUGCUCAGCGUGCGUAUCGAGGAGUGCAGCAGCGGCACCGCAUCUGACGACCCAGGAGGCAGGGCGGGCAACCGGAGUGUCCCGGCGGCAAAUGCCGCCGCAGCCCCAGCAGGAAGUGCCCGCUUGAACCAGAACAGCGCCGGGGAAACCCCUGGAAGUGCAGGGGAAGAGACAGUGGCGCUAGAAGCUGUUAGAGGGGAAGAGGAGGAAGAGGAGUGGCCGAGGCGGCGGGAGCAGCAGCCCUGGACCAAGCUGCGCCUUCCCGGACACCUGCGCCCCCUCCACUACAACCUGAUGCUGAGCGUCUUCAUGGAGAACUUCACCUUCAGCGGCGAGGUCAACGUGCAAGUCGAGUGUCUCAACGCCACCCGUUACAUCGUUCUCCACGCCCACCGCAUGCACAUCGAAGCAGUCCGCGUGGCUGAGGACCGGCUGGCCGGUGCCUUGAACGUCUCCGGGUUCUUCCUUUAUCCACAGACCCAGGUCUUCGUGAUAAUCCUCAAUCGGAGCUUAGAGGAACAGAGAAGUUACAACCUCAAGAUCCUCUACAACGCCCCGAUCGAGAACGAGCUAUUGGGAUUUUUCCGCAGCUCUUACGUCCUCUACGGGGAAAGAAGGUUUCUUGCAGUUACGCAGUUUUCACCUACACAUGCCAGAAAAGCCUUUCCUUGUUUUGAUGAGCCUAUCUACAAGGCCACAUUUAAAAUCAGCAUCAAACAUCAAGCAACUUAUUUAUCUUUGUCCAAUAUGCCAGUGGAAACUUCUGUUUCUGAAGAAGAUGGAUGGGUUACGGAUCAUUUUUCACAGACUCCACUCAUGUCCACAUAUUACUUAGCUUGGGCUGUUUGCAAUUUUACAUACCGUGAGAUUACCACAAACAAUGGUGUUGUAGUACGAUUGUAUGCAAGACCUGAUGCCAUUAGAAGAGGAUCCGGGGACUAUGCUUUAAACAUUACACAGAGAUUAAUUGAGUUCUAUGAAGAUUACUUCAAAGUACCCUAUUCCUUGCCAAAAUUAGAUUUGUUAGCUGUGCCUAAGCAUCCUUAUGCUGCAAUGGAGAACUGGGGAUUGAAUGUUUUUGUGGAGCAAAGAAUACUCCUGGAUUCAAGCAUUUCUUCCUUAUCAUAUUUACUGGAUGUCACCAUGGUUAUUGUGCAUGAGCUAUGCCAUCAGUGGUUUGGUGAUCUUGUAACUCCAGUAUGGUGGGAAGAUGUGUGGCUAAAAGAAGGCUUUGCUCACUAUUUUGAAUUUGUUGGAACUGACUAUCUCUAUCCAGGCUGGAAUUUGGAGAAGCAGAGGUUUCUGACUGAUGUCUUACAUGAAGUCAUGUUACUUGAUGGUCUGACAGGUUCACAUCCAGUGUCACAAGACGUGCAGCAGGCCACAGAUAUUGAUCGAGUCUUUGACUGGAUUGCCUAUAAAAAGGGUGCUGCUUUAAUUCGAAUGCUGGCUAAUUUUAUGGGUCAUUCAGUAUUUCAGAUGGGCCUACAAGAUUAUUUAACAAUUCACAAAUAUGGCAAUGCUGCAAGGAAGGACCUAUGGAAUACACUGUCAAAGGCACUUAAGAAGAUUGGGAAAUUUGUGAAUAUCCAAGAAGUAAUGGAUCAGUGGACACUCCAGAUGGGUUAUCCUGUUAUCACUAUCAAGAGAAAUGAAAAUACAGACAGUAUUAUAGGAAUCUCUCAAGAUCAUUUUGUUUAUGACCUUGAUAAAGAUCCCAGUUUGAGAAACAACAGCUACUUGUGGCAGAUACCAUUAACAAUUGCAGUAGGAAAUACAAGUCACAUCUCAUCAGAGGCAAUUAUAUGGGUGUCUAACAAAUCAGAACAUCACAGAAUUGCAUAUCUUAAUGGAGGUACUUGGCUGCUUGGAAACAUCAAUCAAGCUGGCUACUUUAGGGUUAACUAUGACAUUAGAAACUGGAGAUUGAUAAUUGACCAACUAAUGAGAAACCAUAAAAUAAUCUCUGUCAGUAAUCGUGCAGGUUUGAUCGAUGAUGCAUUCAAUUUAGCCAGGGCUGGCUAUUUGCCCCAGAAUAUUCCACUUGAAAUUAUUAGAUACCUGUCAAAGGAAAAGGAAUUUCUACCGUGGCAUGCUGCUAGCCGAGCUCUUUAUCCUCUAGAUAAGUUGCUGGAUCGCACAGAAAAUUACAACAUGUUCAAUGAGUACAUUUUGAGACAAGUUGUUUCAAUGUAUCUAAAGCUGGGAUGGCCAACGAAUAAUGUGGAGAAAUCUUUGGUUCAAGCUUCCUACCAGCAUGAGGAAUUCCGCCGUGAAGUGAUCAUGCUGGCAUGCAGCUUUGGUAACAAGCAUUGCCACCAGCAGGCUGCAACUCUAAUCUCUGACUGGAUCUCCAGCAAUAGAAACAGAAUACCACCAAAUGUAAGAGAUAUCGUCUACUGCACAGGAGUUUCACUGAUGGAUGAAGAUGUAUGGGAAUUCAUCUGGAUGAAAUUCCACUCAACUACAGCAGUAUCAGAGAAGAAAAUAUUAUUAGAAGCCUUAACUUGUAGUGAUGACAGAAAUUUGUUAAACAGGCUUCUUAACCUGUCUCUUAAUUCAGAAGUUGUCCUGGAUCAGGAUGCAAUUGAUGUCAUAAUCCAUGUAGCUAGAAAUCCACAUGGAAGAGAUCUUGCUUGGAAAUUUUUUAAAGAAAAGUGGAAAAUACUGAAUGCAAGAUACGGAGAAGCAUUAUUUAUGAAUUCAAAACUGAUAAGUGGAGUCACAGAAUUUCUUAAUACAGAGAGUGAACUAAAUGAGCUAAAGAAAUUUGUAAAGAAUUAUGAGGAGAAAUCUGCUGCCUCUUUCUCUCGAGCUGUGGAAACAGUGGAAGCGAAUGUCCAGUGGCAGAUGAUUUACAAAGAAGAAUUAUUUCAGUGGCUGAGAAAAACACUUGCACACUAAUCUGUAUUUCUGGCAAAGACCUGGCACAAGUUUUGCAACAGGAGGAGCACAGUGGGAACUUUCAGAAAAUUGACUAGAAAUCCGGCAAAGACAAGUUCAAAUUGGAAGGACAAUUAAAUAGAGAUAUAUUAUAUUUUUGCACCAAAUUCCUCAGAACUGUUAAAUGAUUAGGGGCCAAAAUAAAAAUAUUGACAAAGAGGAAUGGUCAUGAAUCCUAUCCCUACUACUCCAUGGCCAAGUGUGAUAUUAAGUGGUGCAUGUAAAUGUUAAUGUCAGUUUUGUUGGAGAAAACCCCUGAGAAUAAUUGUGCAUGGUUUUAUGGUUCCUGCCUGUAUUUCAGCAUGCUUACUUCAGAUGUCCAUGUUUUGUAUGUGAAUUUCUGUUGCAUCAAAGAUGGGCAUUAUGCAAAAGCACAAAGACUCUUAUGACAAUCAGUGAUGUAACAACAAGGUAGAAUGGAAAGAAAGAAGUUAAAGAUACAAAUGAACAAUUGAUAACAUCUCCCCUUUCCAUGGUGCUGGCCAGUUCAAUCAACAUUUAAAUUCUGUUUAAGUUACUCUUUCAAUGAUUAUCCUUUUUUGAGUUGUAAACAGUAAUAUAAACUACAAUCCAAAGAUUCCUCUUUUUAAAUCAUGAAUACGCAUGUAUUUAGAGGCAGAAUAUUUUCACAGUAAAUUAUAAUUUAAAAAAUAAUUUUAUCCACUGCUCAUCAUCUAUUGAUAGAUUUGCCUUCAUAAGCUAGUUUACAACAGCUAGUUUGUAUAUUUGGUGGAUGGGGGUAGAGAAAAAAAAUCAGUCUUUUGCAUUAUAUCUUUUCAGCAAAAAUAUUCAGUACAUGUUAUACUAUUCUUUGAUAGUUGCAUAUAUGAUAGAAAAAUAAAGUGAGAGAAAACAGAACAAAACCAGGGAAAAACUGGAAAAUUAUGUGAAUUAAAAGGUUUUCCUAGGUAAUGUUUAAAUUUUAAGGAACACCAGUCCCCCCCCCAUCCUUGUCAGUGUGAGCAUCUUGUUUCUUCACAUUUGAGCAAUUGUUAAAGCUCAAAGUUGAAAAAUAAUCCUUUGCUUCUAUUUCACUUAAAAAAAAUUAGCUAAGACAUUUUCUAAUGCAAUUCAAAGGCAUCAAUACGAUUAUUAAAAAUUAUUCCUAUUUAACAUAAAACAUUAUUUGAGAGUAGAAUGCAUUCCAUCAGGUUUUUUUCCUCAUUUAGAAUAUCUAUAAAGAUUUAUCAAAUAACAACCUUGCUGGAAUGCAGCACUUCUUAUAAUUUAUCAUAUUCUUCAUCACAGGGAAGCGAUAUUCUUCAGUAUCUUUUAAUGGAAGAAAAUAACAAAUUAAUGACUAUAACCUACAACUUAGAAGUUUUUUCUGCUUUUUGUUAUGUUUAGUUGUUUAUGAUCUUUGUGCUCCAACCCUAACAUGGAGUAACAUGGAAUGAAUACACACACACACACACACACACACACACACACACACACACACACACACCAUAUGUGGAAGUAAACCAGUAAAUGAAACAAUUACAUUCUUUAUUGGACAGUUCCUAGUGGCAGGGGGAAAAAAAUCAAAUUUACAGGAUUUUCUAUAAAUGUCCAUGAAAAAUUGCCUAUAGUGAAUAUAAAUUAUUUUGUUAUAUUAAAUCUUUAAGUUGUAGUUCUGCAACAUUUCACUUUGCAUUUAGUUUAUCAUCAAGUAAAUACUAAGUUAAAUAUAUAAGCUUUUAGUUUACCAUAUUCUUCAUGCUCCAACAGCUCUUUAGGGCUUUAUACAAACAAGAAUUAAAAUAGAUAUUUCAUUUUUGCUGUUUUAUGAUGCUAACGAGCUGCUCAUAGAUACACUAAAGCCAUACAACUUUUCAUCUUGUCAGAAGGUAUUAGGAGCAAGUUCCUGAGAGUAAAAACAGUUAAGCAAUGGAACAGUCUGUCUUUUAAAAUUGUGGUCUCCCAGCCUUCUAUCAAGGAUGAUUAGCAGAUUCUUGAAAUGAAUGAGGAUUAGAAUAGAAGACUUGUCAGUUCCCAUCCAAUUUAUACAUUCUAUGAUGAAAAGAAUCAAAGCAUUUAACACAUAGCAGGUUAUUUGGAUUAGUUUCAAAGAUUAUUUAAGAAGAUUUGUCUCAAUUUCGCAGAAACUUGUUCUUAUAAUGUCUUCAUUCUAAAAUCCAAGAAGAGAAACCACAAAACUACAGUGGGAAAGAAGAAAACUUUUUUUUUUCUUUUUGAAGGAAAAUAAGUGGUAUAGGGCCAAUGUAAGAUAAAGAGUUUAUUAUGGGGGACAAAGUUUUAUAGUGUGAAAGCUAUUUAAUGAUGCCUCCUAAGAUUAGUUAAUGUAGCCUACAAACCACCAUGCUUUUAGGACACUUCAUUGUGAAAUAAUGUUUUGAUAUCCUUUACAGUAAAUCUAGGCCAAAUCUAAAGUGUUGCUUUGCAGAUGCAUUUGGUAAUUUCUUGCUAUUAGAAGGAACCAUGAUUAUGAAAAAGAUAAUAUACUAUCAAAUGUUAGGUGCACAAUAGCUAAGUUUAAAUUCUUAAAAUAUUCUGAGUUUUUUACAAUUCUUGCUAGUUGGGCUGGGGUGAGGGGAGUGUUGUUUUAAUCGUCUCUUUAUAAAAGUUAGUUAUUGCAAGCAUCUGACUUUUCCACUGAGAAUGAAAAAAUGUUAGAAGUAUUUAUUCAGAUGCCUGUGUCUGAUUUGCUGUUUGCUUUUAUUCUAUUUUAAGUAUUCCAUUGUUCUUAUUUUUAGAAAGUAAACAUUUUCAGGUUUAAAUACUAUUAAUUUAAUAUUUAAAUCUAUGCCUGAAAUGUACUUUAAACCUUCUGUUUUCCUAAGUGCACAAAAUAGUAAAAAAUAAAAAAGUAGUUUCAAAAAUCAGGAAAAAAUGAAAUAAUCAAAUAACAAAUCUGAACUUGAAUUUUAUUUGAUUUAUUAAUUGAGGUGUACCCUAAAUACUCUCAAUGGGCUCUUUAACAACAAGCAUUCCACUGUAUGUUUCCUUAAAGUAUUAUAUUGGUAUUUCUUGUCAGAUUUCUUAAUACUUAAAAUGGAUACAGAAUACCAUUAUCCAAAUGUUCCUAAAUUAAACUAUGCAGUAACUAUUUUUGUACUAUUCAUUGCCAUGGAAUAGAUGUAAAGCACAAUUUAAAACAUGCAAGACUUCAUUUAUGUUGGUUUGCGAUAGUCCAUUUUCCCCCCAACUUGGUGCCUUCCAAAUUAGUUGGGCUUCAACCUGCUAUGGAUUGUUAGUGUUGAAAUACAAGCCCUCUGGAGGUCAUUCAACUGGGAAAGGCUAGUAGAUUGCUUGAAUUAUAAGUCUAUAAAAUGAUAACAUUGCUGUUCCUGUAUUUCAGAGAACAUUCACAUUUGAGAGUAUGAUUUGAUUUCUUUCUUACAUGGUCUCAGAGGUCUCCUUCAGAGAACCAGGUAGCUAGCAAGCCUUCAUGUCUUGCUUUACAGUACCAAUCCUCCACUGUGUUACACAUUCUCAGUGCAUAAUGGUUAUAUUGUAUUUAUAAGUCAUAGCAAGUGUGGUGCUCUACUGCCCCUCUAUUAUGCUUAGUGACUUAUCACAAAUCCAUAUUUUGCUAAUUCAGAUCACCAAUGAGCAUAUAAUUUGCCUACUAUUUUAAUAUGUUUUAAGUUUUGAUAUUUCACUUACAUGUGGGUAAAGGCAGGCGAUAUUUUAAAAAUUAUGUUGUACUCAAUAAAGUUUCAGACAUAAGUAUAAUACUUCAUGCUAUUAAAACCUAGAAUAUAAUAGAAUGCAGUAUUAGCAAUAAGAGCAACUUGAUGAAGUCUCUUCAUACAUUAAACUGGAAAUGUUGUGUCAUUAUACCAUUUUUUCAUCUUAUACGUUCAACUAGAGAUAGCCAUUUCAUUUGAAAAUAGAUUUUAUUUGUAUGGUUGCUUUUCUAUAUUUGUUCCCUUCACUGUGGGUGGAAAAUGUUUGGCUUCUCUCUAUAUAUUCUGAAGAAAUACCUCUAUUAAGUACCAGUUCAAAUUAAAACACUAUGUAAUUCUGUUUGGGACAAAGUUCAUAUUUAAAAAAUAUACAUGAUAAAAGGAUUCAUAUUUUUAUGAAGCCUAAUCUCAAUUCUCUCAUUAAGAUAACUGAUUUAUACUUGUUAUAUUUAGAAAAUUCUUAUUUUAAAUCUGUUUUCCAUCACAACUUUACUUAGAUGGCCCUCAUUAAGCCAUCAACUAACCUAUCUUUACCACAUUCAAAAAACUGAAUGAUGAAAAAAUUAUGUAAAAUUAAGUAGAUACUGAAGCAGAGCAGAUAUAUACAUAUUCAAAGAGAGAGAGAGACAGAGAGAGAGAGAUGCAAAUGCUGUUUUUCAUUAUAAUCCAUCAUAAUAGAAUCUGAAAAAAAACUCAUAUUCUGGUCAAUAUUGGAAAAAAAGAAUAGGAUGACUUGAUGUGACCAUUAAGACAGAUCUUCUCCAGCAUGAUCUCUCCCCAGCCUGGGCUUCAGACCUCUCAACACUACAUUCAUUGCUGGUAUGAUCAAGUGUAUCUUGUUGUUGAUUGUCAUCUUUCCUUCCACCUUUCUCAUCAUUUUGGGCCCUCAGGGAGCUGGGUUUUUGUUAUAAAAUAUGUUAAUUUAAGCCUGGUUAUUUGGGCUUCAAGUGGGAAUUCUUGGUUUGUUUUUUUGAUCUUUGUUUUCUUGGCUGUCAAUGUUAAAAGUGUUUCCUCCAACAACAAAGUUCAAAAGUGUCAAUACUCUUUCCAUUUUGAUUCUUCAAAGUCCAAAUUUCGCUUUCAUUAGAUAUCACAGGAAAAUCAUUGCCUGCAUGAUUCUGCAUUUUUCUAGGUAGGGACAUGUCCCUGUACCUGAACAUUUUUUCCAGGUUCUUCAUUGCUUUCUUACCAGUUGCUAGUCUCUGAGAUAUUUCUCAACUGCUGUUUUUUUUUUUUUUUUUUACUAUUGAUAGUUGAUCAAUAAUGAAGAUAUUCAUCACUUCAAUGUUUUCAUUGUCAACUUUAAUGUUGGUUGCUCUAAUUUUUGUCAUUGGUUUGAUCUUCAUUUCAUCACAGUUGCAUUUUUACUAUACUUCUUGACUUUUAUUACUAGUGCUUACAUUUUCAUUUUCACUUUCAACUAUCAGGGUACUUGGUGCUUGAUAUUUUUCCUCCAGUUUUAAAUCACACUGAUAUUCUUCCAAUCUAGCUUUCCUUGGUAAAUAUUAGCAUAUAUCUUGAAUAAAUGAAUGAGUGCAUAGCCUUGUUUCACCCCUUUGCCAACUUGGGGUUAAUCAGUUUUAUCAUGUUACAUCUUACUGUGGUUUCCUUUUCUUUGUAUGUGUUUUGCAUAACAACAAUGACAUGUUCUGGGAUUUCCAUUUUCCUAAGAUCAUUCCACUGUUUGACAUGUAUAUAAUGAAUGACACUCAUACUGAUAUAGUUUUGCUAUUCUUUAUCUUUCUCAAUUAUCUACCAUGCUUUAACAAUAAUAUGUCUUCUUGGCCUUUUUUAAAACCACCUUGCAUAUCUAGGAAAUGACUUGUAGGGUACUUUGGCUGUUCCUCACAUUUGAUUGGAUGAUUGACUGCAAUGGAUUGAAGUAAUGACUUUGCUAUUUCCUUCCUAACUACAAAAGGCAUGCUAUUCUUUCUGUUUUUCAUAUCCUAGUUAUAAAUAGCUUGAUCUUCUAACUGAAAGUAUACAAUUCCAGUCCAUUUCAUUUUACUGAUAUGGAAAGUAUAUCAAUGAAUCAUUAACAUUUCUCGUUUUUUACUGUGUUGAGCCAUGUUCGUGUUUCUUAGAUUCCACAUUCCCAUUAUAAUUUUGUCUUUGCAGUUUCAAAUGUUCUUUUUCUGCAUGGCUGAAUCAGCUACUAGAUAUCAAGUAUGCUUUAUAAUCUAGUUGCAUGAUAAAUACCAUUACUACUCUGAAACGUACUCAGCUCUUCCUUAAAUGCACAUUGAGUGCCAUCCAACCUGAAUGGCCCAUAAUCCAGCUCUAUAUUGCCAAUCACUUAUUUUAUCUAUCUAUCUAUUUGUGUAAUUUGCUUGGUAAACAGCAGCACUGUUUUAUCCAAUGCAAUAUGAAAUGAUACCUUUGUCACAUCCACCUCCAGUCUUUUCCUAUGCCAGUGCUGUUCAAUACAGGUACCUGCUUGCUUUAUUUGGGCAGCUGGGAUGACCUUCAUGUCUUGGGUGACUCUGCUCAAUUACAUACUCUUUUGUUUUCCCUUCCAGGAACAUAAACAGACACACACAAGCACAUGAAAUGAUGAGGCAACAUAGCAGAACUUGGGGAAGAAAUAAACAUUACUACUGCCAGUAACAAUCCAUUCUGUAUAUUCCACAUAACAAUACUGACUAAAUUUCAUAUAAAAUAUACUUUUGGUGUAUCCUUAUCAGCAAAUAUUUGAGUGGACAAUAGCAUCACAGCAAUAUGGAAUCCAAAACUCUGCACAUGAGAUUUACUUUUUUUCUUUUUGUAUAUUUUUAUUCAUAAUCAUACUUAUCAACAGCAAUUGGGACCAGCAAUAAUAUUGCUAAGUAAGAUAGUCAUAAAGUAAAACAUCACAUGACCACCAAUUUACAUUAGUUCUGGCUGCAGUUGUUAAGCUUAUCAGUCAUGGUCUUUGGACAUGAUGUAAUGUGACCAUGACUUGCAACUUUCUGGUUGCUUCCCCAUUGAUUUUGUUGGAAACCAGCCUGGAAGAUUACAAAUCGUGAUCUCAAGAUCAUGGGACACUGCAACCAUGGUAAAUGCACACUGGUUAUCUAGCACAUGAAUUGCAAUCAUGUGAUUGUGAUGAUGCCACAAUGGCUACAACUUUGAGGACCAGUUGUAAUUCUCCUUUUCCAGCACCACAGUCAACCAUUAUGGAAGCCAUAUUAUUCAUAUAUCUGAUUUUCUGACCACCAUGAGUAAGAUUUAGAUUGAGAUGGUCUACAUGGGGCAGCAACAUUAAGGAAUUGAUAAUAAAAUAUAUUGUAUCUAAAAAAUAUGAAGGCCACAAUAAAAAGAAGUACUUUAAAUAAAUGGGCUUAAUAAUAGAGCUGGUAAUUCUGUACAUAUUUGAAUUGCAAUAUAUUUUAAUGGUUUGUUAUUUUGUUUUGCAUACAUUUAUAAAAUAUAUGUGGUUUAUCUAAGAAGUUUCAUUCAGAUGAAUACUAAUUAGAUAACUAUGCAGUAAUGAGAAUUUUCCUCAGUACUAAACAUAUUAAAAGUCUUAUAGUAUUAAGAAAUGUUGCAUGUUCAGAAUAGUUCAGAUUAUACUUAUAUAGAUGCUCUGUUUCAGAAAUUCUGGUGUGUGAUUCAGAACCGUCUGCAAAUGGGAGAUGCUAAAAAUAAGUCUAACAAAGAUCCAGUGUGUCUAAGGCAUUUUUAUUCCAGACCCUAGUAAAUAUAUAUUUUCAUCUGAGUUGCUUUGUUUAAGCAUCACUCGUUUCUUUUUCUUUUUAUUUGUCUUGUGAUUCUGCCUAAUAAGUCUCUGCAGUUCUUUGCAAACAUCAUGGCUAAUAGAGAUUGUCAUCAAACAAUUAUUCAAGGUUCUUGUUAAAGAAACCUCUUGUUUAAAACCAUCCUUGUUUAAAACCAUCCAAUGUCAAUUAUAUUUUGAUAAAUACUGCAGAAGAUACAUACAUAGUAUAAAUAUUCUAAUGGCAGCGUAUGUUUAAAUGUUGUGCUGAUUUAGCAUAAUUUUAGUUGUUGAAUAUGAUCUACAAGAAAUGAUCUAUUUUCAGGUCCAAAGGCAUAUCUGCAGGUUUAUUGUUUAAUAGAUUAGGGCUUUCUUAUUUCUCAAGACUACAUAUUUCUUUUUAAAUCACUUGAUGUUCAUUUACUUCUUUAGUAUUCUUAACUCAGGAUAAGAAUAAAUACAUUUGUAGUUAAUAUUACUGGGAAAAGGUUCAGCAAGCAAUUCAAAGCAUUGACCAAAUAAAAUAUGAGUUUGUAUUACUGUUUACUGCAAAUAUUUUUCUAUGAUAUGCCUUUAAACCUAUUUCAUAAAUAUUGAACCAGUAUGUAUUUUUAUUCCAUACUAAUCAAGGAUUUACUAUUUUUUUCCUAAAUGAGAAAAUACUCUCUGUAUUUUAACUAAAAUCUGAAUUUUGUCUCUAAUAAUAAAAUUUUGUACAGUACGCCAUUGUCUUAAUUUUCUGAUAUAUUGAGACAAAUCCAUUAUAAAUACUACCCCCAGUUUGUUUCAUUUUUAUUAAAAAUAAUACUGUGAUAACUCCUAAUGAAUGCACCAUAAAAAAAACUUUAAAAAACAGAGUGGGGUACUUCUUUUGAUAUUAGAUUUUUCUGUGAUAAAUUAUAUUAAUUUGUAUUCCAGGGGUUUUUUAGAUGUUCUUAAUAUUAAGCACACAUCUACCUACUCACUUAUAGUCACAUAAAAUUAAAGCCCUUCCAACUAAAUAGAUACUUUCUUAAUUGAAAAAAA